UAAAAUCCGGACCUCAUUUUAGCAUUUUAGAGGUCCAGACCCGGGCCUUUGCCCCUUGUCACCACACCACACAGCCUUCGUCUUUCUCUUAGCUGCGAUUUUGAGAAAAUUUUGGAGCUCCUCUCUCCUCUCCCUGUCUCUCAAAUCUGUCAAUUUUUACUGCCUUCUGAUUUUCUCUCUUUCUCUCCCCUCUCCCUCUCUCUCUGCAAUAUCCAAAACAUAGGGUUUUUGUUGGAUUUGUUCCCAAAGUUUUUGACGCGCAACCGUCAAUCUGGGACUCAUCUUCAUACGUUCUAUUUCCUAGGGUUUGUAGAUCCAAGCGAGUUAUAAUUCAUCAUGUUUUGGAAACUUACAGCUCUAUCUGCUUCUUCACCUGUCGAGUCAGUCUUGGACAAGGAAAAUUUCACAUUGGAAGAGCUCUUGGAUGAAGAAGAUAUUAUUCAAGAAUGCAAAGCAUUGAAUAGCCGUCUCAUUAAUUUCUUGCGAGACAGAGCCCAAGUUGAACAACUAUUGCAGUAUAUCAUAGUAGAGUCUCAAGAGGAUGCUGAUAGCAAACGUACAUUCAAGUUUCCCUUCAUUGCUUGUGAGAUAUUCACAUGUGAGAUUGAUGUAAUCUUCAAAGCUUUAGUUGAGGACGAGGAGCUAAUGAAUUUACUUUUCUCCUUCUUGGAGCCAACACGUCCACAUAGUGCCUUGUUGGCCGGGUACUUCAGUAAGGUUGUGAUAUGUCUCAUGGUACGCAAGACGGUUCCACUUAUGAAUUAUGUUCAAGCCCAUCAAUAUGUUUUCCAGCAGCUAGUGGAUUUAAUAGGAAUUACAUCAAUAAAGGAGGUGUUGGUGAGACUUGUUGGAGGUGAUGAUCAUAUGUAUCCCAAUUAUGCAGAAGUCAUGCAAUGGUUGGCAGACAGCAAUUUGUUAGAAAUGAUUGUGGAUAAACUGAAUCCAUCUGCUCCUCCUGAAGUACAUGCUAAUGCAGCCGAAACUUUAUGUGCUAUAACCCGAAGUGCUCCAUCUCCACUUGCCUCUAAGCUUUCAAGCUCAAGUUACGUUACAAGGAUAUUUGGUCACGCAUUGGAAGACUCACAUUCAAAAUCAGGACUUGUCCACUCAUUAUCUGUGUGCAUAUCCUUAUUAGAUCCUAAAAAAUCAGCCCCUUCAUCUUUAUUCAAUUCUUUUCGAGGUCAACACAUGUAUGAAUCACCCGUACAAGUCAACCAGGAGACUGUAGGUGCAAUGCUUCCAAAACUAGGUGACUUGUUGAUGUUAUUGAAUGUGUCGCUGGAUGAUAAAGUUUUACCUACUUCAUAUGGGGAAUUGAAGCCUCCUCUAGGCAAGCAUCGUUUAAAGACUGUGGAGUUCAUAGCAGUUUUACUGAAAACCGGAAAUCAAACUGCAGAAAAGGAAUUAAUCGCAUCUGGAACUAUUCAAAGAGUUCUUGAUCUUUUCUUUGAGUACCCAUUUAAUAAUGGUUUACAUCAUCAUGUUGAAAGCAUAUUAUAUUCCUGCUUAGAAAGUAGAAAUGACACCAUCAUGGAUCAUCUAUUUCAAGACUGUUCUCUGAUAACAAAGAUCCAGCAAGCAGAUAAUUAUCCCACCCUUAAUCAGCCAACAUUGGUGGCUUCGGGAAGAAAUCCACCUCGAGUUGGAAACCUAGGACACGUGACACGUAUUGCCAAUAAAAUCAUCCAGCUGGCAAACAGUGAUAGCCGUAUCCAGACACACAUGAAGGAAAGUAGUGAAUGGAGCGAAUGGCAGAGUACAGUUCUACAGGAACGUAACAUGGUUGAAAAUGUGUACCGAUGGGCUUGCGGGCGGCCAUCUGCACUGCAAGAGAGAAGUAGGGACAGUGAUGAAGAUGAGAUUCAUGACAGAGACUAUGACGUUGCUGCUUUAGCAAAUAAUCUAAGUCAAGCAUUUCGAUACAACAUAUACGACGACGACAAUGAAGAAACUCAAGAGGGUCACGGAACUCUUAAUCGAGACAACGAGGAUGGUUACUUUGAUGAUGAAUCGGCUGAAGUUGUGAUAUCAUCGUUGAGGUUAGGUGAUGGUGAUGAAGAAGGCAGUCUGUUUACAAAUUCAAAUUGGUUUGCUUUUGAAGAGGAGAGAAUGAGAAUGGGUGAGGGUGAGGGGCCUACCUCACAUUCUGAAGCAAUGGAUGAGAUCAAUUUGAAUGGCAGUGGAAGUGGCACAUCUAACAGCAGUGAUGAUGGAGAUAAAAAAAAUCCGUUUAUUGAAGAGGAGAAUGUAAUAAACGGAGAUUUGAAAAAUGAUAAGGAGAAGGAGAAGGAGAAGGAGGAGGAUCUGUUUGCAGAUAGGCCGAUGCCAGAAUGGGUUUCAGGAGGAGGAGGGGUGAAUCCGUUUCUGGAUUACGAAAAUACCUCUGUAGCAAAUGCAAAUGCAAAUGCAAAUGCAAAUGGGUCAAGCCAAAAGGAAAAGGAAAAGGAAAAGGCUGGUGGUUUGUUUGAAGAAGAUGUGGAGUUUGUAGGGGUAGAAUUGGAAUUGGAAGUGGAAGGGAGUGAAAAGGCCAUGGAUGGGGCUCUUAAGGAGGGGAUUGUUGGGGAAGCAGGGCCUUUGAAAAAGCAGGAGGUGAUUCCUGGACCUGAAAAAGAGGAAAAAAAUGAGUUGAAGAAGGAUUUUAAUGAUUCAAACUACUGGAGGGUUGACCCUGACCCCAACCUUAAACCUUGAUGUUUCUGAGUGAUCCAUUCCAGGAGGGUUCACCAAAGCAACACAUGAACGAAUGAAUGAAUGGAUGUACAGAGUGAGUACCGAGUAGAAUAUAAUUUUGUUUCAGAGUUGAGAGAUGAGUUGGGUG